AUGGCGGCGGGUAAACGAGAAUUCCAAGGUUACAAUUUUCCCUUCUCUGGACAAGAGAAUGUUUCUCAGUGGUUUGUUGACUAUGGUAGUCCUUCAAUGCUAAACUUACACUUAGAAGAACAUGGCAAAGAGUUAGUCGUAUAUUCUAACCGAUCACACGACUCACAAAUACAACAGCUGGUUGCAACCCAAACAAGCUUGCCAUUUCUUGAUCCUAACCAACGUUCUCCGGCAAUAAAAGGGGAAAGUUUUACUGAUUAUGAACUAAGUGUACGCUCACAUGAAAAUUGGAUUAGUUUAGAAAAGGCUAAUAUACAUGUGGAGAACUUCGCGGCAGAUCAUCCCGGCGUCAUGUACUCGACUUUGACGAACCUUGCCCAAAAUGAAUUGAAGCGUUCUCCGUGGGGAACUUGUGGUGCGCUCAAGUCAAAUUUCUUUUUGCCGUGGAAGGUUAAAGAGGCUUGGUGUAGAUGUAAACUGUGCUGUUAUUUUCGGCAAGGUUUUGCUAACCGAAAGAGUAAUGCUGCUCGGGUUAUGAAGGAUUUGGAAAGUGCAUUGCCAGAUAUCUCACCUUUUUUGUUGUAUGAUCUUUUCCAAGAAAGUAAUGCGUUAGAGACGACAAGAUUUCAGUACGAUACUUUCCUAGGAAACUGUCUUUCCUGUCAUCCUUUGGAGACCAACAAUCAGGGCCUUCUUAUGUAUCCAAGUGGUCGUGGCUUAGAUGUUUUGAAUUUACUACAUAUCUCAAUGGAUCCUACUCACCUGAUGUUUGAAAGAAAGGAGAGUGGUUCAGUGUCUCUUACAUCAGUACUUUCAAAGCAGCAGUUUGCAAUUCAUGGUCAAAUAAAGCAGACUGAUUUCUCUGCCUACAAUCAAAGUGACAUCAUAGUGGGAGUUCGCUCACAAUAUAAUUGCUCAUUCUUCCAGAGUAAUCUAAGCACGUAUAGAGAAGGGGUGAGUAAACCAUUGCGGGUACAAAUUUUAUGUGACCUCUGAAAAAUACUUGUGCCAAGUUGGUGGGAGUUUAUUUAAGAGGGAGAGUGAAAACUAAACGACUGACUGGUGAGUUUAUUCCAGAUUAGUAUAAUGCUAUGGUUCAAUUUUAUUCAUAGUUUUAAAUUUAUUUUCCUUUUUCACUCUUAUUCAUCAUCAAUUACAACACCAAAAGACAAAAGAAAUUGUAAUAUUUAAAUUAAGGAAAAAACUAAACCAAAAAAUAUACAUGAACAAGAAUGAAUAGAAAAUGUGUUAUAAACUGUUAAAGUGAGAGAGACAGAAUAACUGAUAUUGAAAGUAUGCUUCUAGCUUGUUGAGUCACAGAAGGAGUUCAUUCACAGGAUGGGUAGGGAAAGAGUAGCAAGUCCUAUCCAACCAGUGGGUCAGCUACUGCAUUAUUUGACACAUCACCAUGCUCCCUGAUACAUUGGUUAAGGCUGGUUUUUCUUAAUUCCAUUCUGUAUGAGUUAUUGGGAAGGCUUAAACCAGGAACUACUAGAUUAUAACUUCAAUAGGUUAUUAAUAAUGGUAAUAGGAUGGAGUGGAGUCCAGUUCAGUUUGUAAUCAUACAAGUGAUUAAUGAAAUCGAACAACUGCAAAGUGGGAGUCUGAUUUGUUGAUCACAAGUAUGAUUACAGACAGAAUUGGACAACAAGAAGUCUUGUUACCAAUUAAUCAUGACCAUUUCAAUUUCCCAAAACAAAUACACCUGGAACAAAUAUCUCCAGUGGAAACAAUGUCUUCAGUUAAAAAUUCCUUCAUUUUGGAAAUUCCCCAGUUUUUCUUAGAAUAAGUGGUUGUUGUUAAGGUUAUUUUGAUCAUUUCUGUGAUUGAUGGAUUAGCUGAGUGGACUUAGUAUGAUUGGCUGCUUCAACUGUUCAAUUACAGGUAUUCUAUUACAGCCAACUGUUUGAUUACACUGUCCGAUUACAACUGUACAGAAUGAUUGGUGAAAACGAAGCUGGGAAUGCACCAAUAAUAUUUGAGGAAUUUGUUAUAGUUAUGAUUAAAGCUGUAAUCAAAAUUAUCACAAAAUUCUUGAAUGUGAUUGGUUAUCACCAGCCUGAUUUAAGCACUAAUGAGAAAGUAUACGCAUCAUGCUUGCAAUUGGACAGUGACACGUAGUGGUGACAUGUAGUGGACAGUACUUGCAUCAUUUGCAUGUUGUCAUGCAUUUUGCCAAGUCAAUUGUAGUUUAUCUAUGAAAAUGUAGAACCAAUGCCUGGUUUUUUUCUCAAAUUUUGUCAUAGUUUUUAUUAAGUGGUAGCAAGACUUCAUACCAUCUAAUUCUGUCUGUAAUCAUACUUGUGAAUAACAAAUUGGACUCCUGCUUUGUGGUCGCCAAAUUUUUUUAAUCAUUCAUAUGAUUACUGACUGAAUUAGAAUCCACCCAGUCCUAUUAUGGUAACCAUUAAUUAUGAUGCAGUAACCAUAAGGGUACUAACAAGAAGGAGAAAUAGCUGCUCUCCCAACAUAGUUGAUAAAUUCACCUUUCCAGGUUGGUUUGGGUCAUUUGGCUGAUAUGAGAAUAUAUUAUAAACUACCUCAAGCUUGGGUAUGCAUGAAUGACAAACUCAAAACUGGUCAACAAUGUGGAGUGAGAAUUUAAGACCAGUUUUGGUGCACAAAAACAAAAUGAAUUCACUCCCAGAUUGCCUACAGCCCUUAUUAGCUAUCAUGCAUGUUUAAAUUGCAUUGGACUGGUGAAUUUUAAUUAUGAAUUAUUCCCCAAACACUGAUACCAAAGAAAUUCCUACAUGAAUAAUGCAAGAAAGUGGAAGACAUUCAUAACAAUGAAGUGGCAGCAAGGCUUAGGGGUGAUUUUUUUCAUAAAAUGAGAUAAUCAAGUGUUUGAAACUUGCUCUGGAUGAAAAGUUUAAAACUUAAUGUUUGUGUUUUGUCCUCAGCUAUCUAUAAGGCCUUUAGAGACAUUAGCUCUCAGUAAACAAGCCAUGUGUAUUGCUGUUAACCCCUACAUUCCUGGAGAAGCCAUCAUUGUGACAGAAACUGGUGGAGUGUACUUGUGGUCAUGUGACCACUCUCUACAGACUGUUCAUCAACCUAACUCUCCCAACAGUCAAGAGUUGUCAUGGUACCAGUGUGUCUUUGCUGCAAACCCUCGGUGCAUAGCAUUGGCAGAUGCAAAAGAGAUGAACUUGAUGGAUUUCAGGGUAGGAUGUAGUAAUUUUUUCAUGUGUUUAGCAUGAUUAUGAUAAGUGAUAAUUACAUGGCAGGCCUAUGGCAGAUGCAUUAAAAACGUGCCAAAGUGUGGUUAUAGUCAGAUUUGGAAAUUAGUCACAUGCUUGUCGAAGUGAAGCCCUGUUGACCAAACAUAGUAUCCCUUGUUGCUGACAUUUUUUUCAUUUUUGAAGGAGGCAAUGCAAUAAAUUUGUUGUUUUCAGCAUAUAACCAAGGACUGUAGGUAACAAUCAAGGCAUCCCACAUUAAUGCCUUCAGGCAUAAUGUUGUUUUAUCAUUGAAAUACACAGUACAGACUUACAAUUUUUCAUCUUACUUUUUGUGACAAAUGAUACCUAAACAACAUUUUUGUUUCUUUUCAUAGGCUGGAAAAUUGUUCCAAAAGUUUUUUUUCUCCAUCCCAUCACCCGAAGUUGACUCCUUUGAAUGUGUGUCUGCAAUUCAGCGUCACCCGCAGAAUACCCACCACUAUGUAUUGGCCACUGAUCAGUCACUUUUGCUUCUAGAUGAUCGAUUUCUUCAACACCCAGUCUUAAAGUGGAGACAUCACAAUGAAGACCCAGUUCAGUUCAUUAAUGUUAAUUGUGAUACAAUUCAAGGGUGCAAUGACACACGGUUGGUGAUUUCUGGAUCAAAUCAUCAACAGACUCACUGCUUUCAGUAUUUUGAAGGCGAGUCCCAAGCAGGAGAUGUCAUCCCUUUAAACAAAGAAGAGUGUUAUUUGCCACCUCAAUCAACAACUCUUCCAUGGAAGGUAAGUCAAACCUCUUUUUUAAGAGCUGCAUCCAUGAAUGGGGUAAUUCUGAGCAAAGGUUUGUCUCUUUAAUGGUAUAGCACAAAGGCAUUAUUGGGCUUUUUUUUUCUCAUUUGAGACAAAGUUGUGUCCCCUGAAUAGAGAAGCCUAAUGAAGUGGCUUUCUGUCUGCACCAGGGCCUAGUUUUCCAAAGGAAGGAUAACCCUAUCAAAUGGAUGAAUUGUUCUUCAGAGGAUAACUGUUAACAAGAUACACUGCACUGUCAACCAAAUAGAGAUUUGUCCAGUGGAAUAUUGUUAUCCACCACUCAAACAACCAGACUACAGUCCUUAGUAGGGUUGAGGGUAAAUAAUUAUGCACAGGUUACAUUUGUGGUACUAGCAUUCUCUUAAUGCCAGUUGUGGCUGGAUAGGUUUGAUGUAUCAAAAUAAUCUUGUAAAUGACAAGUGUUUUUUUUGUGAAUAGGGCAGCAAGAGGUUUUGUUAUAGACAAGGUUAGGGCUUUAGGGCCUUGGUAGUACACCCCAAAAUAUCCCAUAACUGAACCCUUGGAAGGUAGACCCACAACUAUUUCAGGAUUUACUGAGCCUUAAAUAGCUUCUUCUUGUUGAAGGUAUCAUCCUAUAGUGAGUGGUAUUACAAAGGGCUCAGGAAUGGCCUCACCUCCUCACCAGCAAGUGCUUUUCGCUUGUCAAAACCUCUCAUUGGCAUCUGCACCCUGUUACACACCUCCCAUCCUCAAAAGGGUUUCACUGUCUUUCAAAUGUCAUCUGUUGGUGAUUUAUUCUACCAGCCAUUUGUUGUACGAGAUGGCAAAAAUUCAACAGGAAACUUUUCCUCUAAUAAUGAAAGUGCUACAAUUGCUAUUGAUGACCUUGAUCCUAGAGCUAAGAUUCUGUGUCAAGAAUGGAUUGAUCUUGCUAAUUUUCAAAAUGAAAACUUUGUAAAAUCUGCUCAAAAUCAAGAAGAAUGCAUCGAGGUUGACAUUGAAGCUCUUUGUGAUGAAGUAGCACUUUUGCCAGAGUCUCAUCCCCGUUGUGUAUUGUGUAAUAACAAGCAAGUUCCUAACACCAUGCUGCUGGAGCUGACAGAUUCUGGAUCAAAUAUUUGUGAAAGAUGUGGACUGGGGUUGAGUCACAGUUUAAAUCUGGUAAAGAAUCAAAAGAACAAAGGGGUUCUUACAAGAGAGACUCUAUGUAUGCAAUUUGAACCAAAAGAGCUGGGAAUUUUUCCAGAUAAAGCUACAGCUACAGACCCUCUCAGUAAAAGUCUCUGGUUAAAUUGGGCAAGUUUUGAACCAAUACCAGUUUUCUCAUCAGAGGAAAAAGGAUCAGAAAAUAAUGAAACUGAGAAGAAAAAUGAAAAAGGAAACAUGGUGCCAUCGCAGGCUGCAAGGGUCUCAAAAUCAAAAGAUCUGUUAUGUUCUGUUAGACAGAGCAGUGAAUUUGAUGGUACUCUUCCUACCAAUUCAGUUCAAAAUCAGGGCACACCAUCUUCACCCCAACCAAAACAAGUGAAGAAACAAUCAAAAGUGAAGAGAAAACAAACUCACCAUGUCAUGGGCUUCUAGACUUAGUUUGAGCACUAAUUUGAGUUAUGCUAAGACAUUUUGAAGGUUGGUCAUUUGAAAUCAUCAACAAUGAUGUGCAAAGUGUAUCAUUUUGAAGACAGUAAUCUUCAAACUUCUCUUGUAGAAUUGUUUUCAUAAAAAGAUCCAAGCAUUAUUUGAUAAAUGUCAGAUAAAUUUAUCUUUGAAUAAUUAUGAGAGUGAUGUUUGCAGUUAUGAACACUACUUAAGCAGUAGUGAAAAUAAAGCAUGAAAGCAAAAUUCAUUCCUGUAUAGGAGUUAAACCCAUGACCUUUGUGAUAACAAUGCUCUACCAACUGAGCUAGCAAGCCAACUGGGAGCUAGUAAAUUCUCUGGUUCAUCAUGAACCCAUGAAGUAAUGAAUAAAUGACUGUGAAUUUGUGAAAAUCAUGUAACAGUAUGUGAACCACAAAUUGAUAAAUAAAUAUGGGAGUAAUCUUUGCAGUAAUGAAUGCUAUUGUACUUAAGCAGUAGCAAAAAUACAGCCUGAAAAAAUUCAGGUGUGUACAGGAAUUAAACAGGA